CUGUUGUAGCUGGUAUCCGUCUGCUCUCUCUUUCCUUACGUCUUUCUUCCGUUAUCCAGCAUUCGUCUCGCGGGAGAAAACAGCACUUUCCGAAACAGACUGAAUCCGUUGGCUUAUCUGUUUGCUUCUCCGUUUGCUUUCUCUUCUCCUCCCUUCCCUUCGUCAUCUAGCACUCGUCUCGCGGGAGAAAACGCGAAUGUGGGGGGAUUCAUCGACCGCGUUCAGUGCUAUCUUCUCGAGAAGAAUGGCGGAUCCGGCACGUCGGGCUCGUUCAAAACUCCAAACGCGGGGGACGCGGCGACGCAAACGGCGAACGCGGCGAAAUACCCGCUGAGCUUCGUUGGCGGGCUUUGCAACGGUACCGCGCUCGUCGAAAACGACCCGCAUCUCACGGGCGCGCACGGCACGCACUACGAUUUCACCGGGCGCCUCGACAAAUCCUUCUGCCUCUUCUCCGACCGUCAGUUCCACGUGAACAUGCUGCUCAACGGGUAUCAGGGCGCGCCGCCCGCGCUUCCCGCGUCGGCGGCGGCAAAUAAGACGAAGGAAGCGAGCACGGAGCUGCACACGUGGAUUAAGGAGCUCGGAGUCGUGUGGAUGACGCCCGACGGCGCGAACCACACGCUGCGCAUGGUGGCGCGCAAGGGCAAGCAGCAGGAGCGCGGAAAUGCCGGGUUUCUCUCCCUGAUUGAAAUCGACGGCAAGGCGACGGCCCCGCCGAGCGUUGGCGAAUCGAUCGCAACGGAAAGCGGGCUGGUGGUUACCAAAAUCGCGGAGGAAAAGGAGGGGAAGUUCGACGUGGAUCAGUUUCAGGUGCGCGUGCUGGGGCUCGGGGAACUCGACGUGCGCGUGCGCGUGGCGCACCCGCUGCUGCAGACUCCGACCGAGGCGGAAGCUCACUUCAACGUCGAGCUGUCCGACGUCAAGAUGACGUCAGCCGUGCACGGCGUGCUGGGGCAGACUUUUAGGAGCACUAAGGAGCAGCUUCAGCGCGCGAUUAGGUACUCGCACUUAGCUGCGCUGCUGGGCCACCCCGUGGAUGUGGAUAAGGCCGAGGGCAAGGGGUUUCUGGACGGCGAAGUGGAGGAUUACAUCUCGUCGUCUAUCGUCUCGGCGGACUGCAAGUACGCCAGCUACGGCCCUGCCCAGGAAAGCGUCGUACAGUAAUACUGUAAGGUCCGGCCUCAGGAGUCCCUAGACUGCUCGCCAUCAGAGUGGAUAAGUGAGGUGGAUGGCGAUGGCGGGAAUGUGAAGAGUGUCAUGCUCUCUUGGCUAGCUGUGCUCUCUGAAGGAGUGAAGUGGGAGUCAGGAGGGAGGGCGAAUUUGGGCCCUGUUCAGUCCGUGCGCCUAACGGACGGUCCGCCUUUCAAGGCAAAUAAAGGCUCGCGGGAUGUUUAAACUGUACACAUGUUUCUUUCAUUACUC